UCCCAGUGAGGAGGAGGCUUCUCCCAGGCUCUCUCUCCUCCUCUGGGCUCCAUCCCUCCUCUCACCACCAGGGCUCCGCUGCGGACACACACAUCCCCACCGAGCUGCUGCAACUUGGACAACACGUUUCUUCUUCUCCUCCUCUUCGCGUCUUUCUCCCCAAAUCGCUCCGGUGGAAGUUGAGGUCGCUGCUGAUGCUGUUCGAGGAGGAGCUGGGAACCAGAAGAUCCGACACCAGUUGAGGAUGGGCCUCCAAGCCGCUCGCCGCCCGGCUCUCUCCGACGCCCUCUGAUCGGAGCCCACGCUGCCCCCUGGGACACGGGAGGCAGUGGGAGUGGAUGCUUUUGGCUUCUGGGUUGUUCACGACCGCUCGCUGAGAUGAAACCACAGACGUACGAGUUGCAGAUCUGACCGAAAAGACUCUCUCACCUCGCCGCUGCACGCCACACGCCACACGCCUCCCAUGCUACACCGCCAAGAGCAUGGGGUGCGUCAAAUCCAAGAGGAGUGACGCUGGGGCCAAGCAUGCAAACUCCACAGAGAAGACGGGCGGCGGAUCCCGGGGCGAGAAGGCCUACCUGGUCCCCUCGGAGAUGGGCGUGGCCGAGGUCAGCCCGGUGCUGCUGGAGUACGCCCACAGGCUGUCGGAGGAGAUCGUGGCCCGGGCCGUGCAGCAGUGGGUGGAGGUCGACUGCCGCUACAGCGACAUCCCUUACAUCGAGUGUGACGUGCCAUGACAGGGGGCGCCGGGUCACGUGGACGAGGCCGGGUUGAGCCGAGAGGUCGGAGGUCGACGGUCUCACACACAUUUGUUCAGAGUGAAUCAUUCCGGCGUCUACCUGCUGCCAGCGGGAAUAUGAACGAGCUGCCAGUAAUUCAGAUUUGACCUCUUUUCCAGAAUUGGAUUAUACUGGGAGAGCGCUGUAAAGCCCUGGUGCUGGGCGACCACAGCACUCUGAUCCUGCCCAUGUUUGUGUGAUUAUCUGUUUUUCAAAGCUGGAGCCUGACAGAGCAGAGCAUCUUCAGCUGGAAUAUCGUCUUUCCUCGGACCCUAUCCC